CGUCAUAAUUGUGCGACUGUUGUUGUCGCGUGUUGUGUGAGGAUAUGUCAAUGUAACCGCCGCUUUGUUAAAUGUAUUUUGUUUCUCGUGGAAAACUACACAUACCAAUCGAACCAUACUAAACCAUAUUGGGAUGAGUCUCAAUUUCCAAGCGGCACCCUCACUAACCAAAAGGGAGGAUGACAAGAUUAAGCUAGCAGUUAAACAGAAAUCAGGAGCCUCGAAAGAUGGGGCUGAAAAAGAUCAGGGCGGAGUGAAGAACCAAACACAAUGCACAGGUUCCAGUGGGAGUAGCAGCUCCAGCAGUGGCUCAGGUUCAAGUUCCAGCUCGUCCUCAAGCUCCUCCAGUUCCUCUAGCUCCCGCUCUUCCUCCUCCUCGUCUUCGCCAAGCCCCACCCGCCAACGACACAACAGACAGCGCUCCAUCUCAAAGUCCAAAUUGGCCAAGAAAGAUGAUCGUGAACGGAGGAGGAGGAGUCCAACUCCGAAACCCACCAAAGUUUACCUGGGCCGGCUAACAAGAAAUGUCAUCAAGGAGCACAUUCAGGAGAUCUUCUCCACCUAUGGCAAGAUCAAGAUGAUCGACAUGCCCAUGAACCGUGUUCACCCUCACAUGUCCAAGGGCUACGCCUACAUAGAGUUCGAGACCCCCGAAGAAGCAGAGAAGGCACUCAAACACAUGGAUGGAGGACAGAUUGAUGGUCAGGAGAUAACAAUCGUAGCUGUCCUGACUCCUACAGUCUGCGUCCCACCUCUUAGGAUGUCCCCUCUGCGCAGAAUGCCGCCUCCGCCCCUGAUGUGGCGGCGCUCGCCGCAUCGGAUGAGAAGAAGGUCUCCUAGGCGGCGCUCCCCGGUCCGACGCAGGUCUUGAUCAUUAGGCUGCUCCCGCCACCGGCCCCACUUCCUUUCCUUAGAGAUCAGUAUAGGACCCCAGAACACUAAAGACACUAAAAGAGAUAUUUUGUUGUAUUAAUGCUGAGAUGAGAACACAUACCAGUUCAAUUAAGAUCCAAUAUUUUUUUAGGGGGAGGGGCAUUAAAAAAAAAGACACCAAAGCAAGACUCACUGAUUUUGUUGAGAGUAAAUACCGACAGCACUAAUCCAUCAACCAUUUUUAAAAUGUACUUUGACACUUUGGCUCUCACUUUUAGUGUCUUUCAGCAUUUAUUUUGUCAUGUCACAAACCAACAUGCUCCUCUAUUGGACUGUUGUGCUCAUUUCAUCCACUAUUGCCUAUUGUGCUGCUAAUUUGAAUUUGUCUGGCAUUAUUGUACUUUUCUAUUUCUUUUAACUCUUGCACAGUGCAUGGUAAAAGAGCUGAACAUUAUUGUAAUUAGAUUUGCCCUAACAUUGACCUUGCAUGUCUGAAGAUUUUUUUCCUGUAUUUAUUACUUUUAAAAUGCACAUUACUGAGACUUUUAUCUGUUGUGCAGAGAUGCCAAUGUUAUAUUGACCAGAAUAAGACUUCAUGUGCUGCUAUUUCAUCAAUCGCAUUACACUUUUGACCAGUUUUAAUUUAUUUUGAGAUUAUUUCUAUCGUGGUAGACGUGCAGUAGGUGUGACAUACAGCCAAGUGGGUUCCUUACAUUUUAGCACAAGUGCAAUGUUGUUCUUUUGCAAAUUGACAAUAAAGGUGAUAUCUUGUAU